AUGGAAUCAGGGAGAAGGGGAUGGAAUCUGGGAGAAGGGGAUGGAAUCUGGGAGAAGGGGAUGGAAUCAGGGAGAAGGGGAUGGAAUCUGGGAGAAGUGGAUGGAAUCUUGGAGAAGAGGAUGGAAUCAGUGAGAAGGGGGUGGAAUCAGGAAGAAGGGGAUGAAAUCUGGGAAAAGGGGAUGGAAUCUGGGAGAAGGGGGUGGAAUCUGGGAGAAGGAGAUGGAAUCUGGGAGAAGGGGAUAGAAUCUCGGAGAAGGGGAUGGAAUCUGGGAGAAGGUGAUGGAAUUUGGGAGAAGGGGAUGGAAUCUGGGAGAAGGGGAUCGAAUAUGGGAGGAGGGGAUGGAAUCGGGGAGAAGGGGAUGGAAUCUGGGAGAAGGGGAUGGAAUCUGGGAGAAGGGGAUGGAAUCACGGAGAAGGGGAUGGAAUUAGGGAGAAGGGGAUGGAAUCAGGGAGAAGGGGAUGGAAUCUGCGAGAAGGGGAUGGAAUCUGGGAGAAGGGGAUGGAAUCUGGGAGAAGGGGAUGGAAUCUGGGAGAAGGGGGUGGAAUCAGGGAGAAGGGAUGGAAUCAGGGAGAAGGGGAUGGAAUCUGGGAGAAGGGGAUGGAAUCUGGUAGAAGGGGAUGGAAUGUGGGAGAAAGGGAUGGAAUCUGGGAGAAGGGGAUGGAAUCGGGGAGAAGGGGAUGGAAUCUGCGAGAAGGGGAUGGAAGCUAGGAGAAGGGGAUGGAAUCUGGGAGAAGGGGAUGGAAUCUGGGAGAAGGGGGUGGAAUUAGGGAGAAGGGGAUGGAAUCGGGGAGAAGGGGAUGGAAUCGGGGAGAAUGGGAUGGAAUCUGGGAGAAGGGGAUGGAAUCUGGGAGAAGGGGAUGGAAUCUGGGAGAAGGGGAUGGAAUCUGGGAGAAGGUCUGGGAGAAGGGGAUGGAAUCUGGGAGAAGAGGAUGGAAUCUGGGAGAAGGGGAUGGAAUCUGGGAGAAGGGGAUGGAAUCUGGGAGAAGGGGAUGGAAUCCGGGAGAAGGGGAUGGAAUCUAGGAGAAGAGGAUGGAAUCAGGGAGAAGGGGAUGGAAUCUGGGAGAAAGGGAUGGAAUCUCAGAGAAGCGGGUGGAAUCUGGGAGAAGGGGAUGGAAUCUGGGUGAAGGGGAUGGAAUCUGGGAGAAGGGGAUGGAAUCUGGGAGAAGGGGGUGGAAUAUGGGAGAAGGGGAUGGAAUCUGGGAGAAGGGGAUGGAAUCUGGGAGAAGGGGGUGGAAUCAGGGAGAAGGGGAUGGAAUCAGGGAGAAGGGGAUGGAAUCUGGGAGAAGGAGAUUGA